CCUCUAAAGGCUUUUACACUGAACUCAAUAUUUCCCUGUCCUCCACUUCUCCCACACCAUUUCUUUUUAACGCAGCCUCAGGGCCAGCCGUCUUCUCUGCAUCCCUAAAUUACCUGACAUACAAUAAUACUACAGUGAUGUAAAAGCUUUUCACAUAAAAAGAGUUGAUCCUUGUUGGUGCGGCUCAUAACUUGCAAUCAAUUUUGCUUCUGGAGGGGAUGGUUUUUUUGAGGCAGGAUCUCAUGUAGCCUAAGCUGGCCUUUCAUUCCCUAGGUUGGUGAGGAUGACCUGGACCACUAGAUUCUCUGCUUUCCACCUCCCAAGUGCUAGGAUUGUAGGCAUGCAAUGUACCACCACCAUGAUGGGCUCAAACUACAUAGAAUGGAAAGACUUUUCAUUCAUGCAAAACAGCCGGGCAUGUUGGUGUAUCCUUGUGAUUACAGUGCUAGGAAGAUAGGCAGAUCUGUAGAGCUCACUAGCCAGCCAGCCUACCAUGGUGGGCUCCAAGCCAAUGAGAGGCCUUGUCUUAGAGCGAGGUGGAUGGUACUCCUGAGAAGCAAUACCUGGGGCUGCCCUCUGGCCUCUACACACAUACCCACAUGGAUGCCACACACACACACACACACACACACACACACACACACACACACAUAUACAUACACAUACAUACAUACAUGGGGCUCUAUGUGUCUAUAUGUAUUUAUAUGUCUUCCUCAUUCAGUUACCUGACAGUUGUCCCCAUCUUUUAGGUGUCCUAAAACACUGAUGGCAAACUUUAAGGGCCACGCUCUCCCAGGGAGUUUCUUUCUGCUGUUUGGACUAUGGUGGUCAGUGAAGUACCCACUGAAGUACUUUCAUCAAAGGGGCCUGAAGAAGAACAGACUGAGCCAGCAGCAACAGCGUAUUGAGAUCAUUGAAGGUGCAGUCAAGACUUUGUUCGCAGUCAUUGGGAUCCUGGCAGAGCAGUUUGUUCCUGAUGGGCCUCACCUCCACCUCUACCAUGAGAAUCAAUGGACAAAGCUAAUGAAUUGGCAGCACAGCACCAUGUACCUGUUCUUUGGUAUCUCAGGACUCAUCGACAUGCUCACCUACCUUUACUUCAACAUUGUGCCCCUGGGGGUAGACAGAGUGGUUUUAGCUAUGGCAGUAUUCAAUGAAGGUUUUCUCUUCUAUUACCACGUUCACAACCGACCUCCACUGGACCAGCACAUUCACUCACUCCUGCUGUUUGCUUUGUUUGGAGCAAGUAUCAGUAUCUUACUGGAGGUGAUCUUACGGGAUAAUAUUGUGCUGGAGCUUUUCCGAACCAGUCUCCUUAUUCUUGAGGGAACCUGGUUCUGGCAGAUUGGAUUUGUCCUGUUCCCCCCAUUUGGAACACCAGAAUGGGACCAGAAAGACAUGGACAAUGUCAUGUUUAUUACCAUGUGCUUCUGCUGGCACUAUUUGGUUGCCCUUUGCAUCACAGCUAUCAACUACUCUCUUGUUUACUGCUUUCUGAGUCGGGUGAAGAGACACGCAGAAGGAGAAAUCAUUGGGAUUCAGAAGCUCAAGUCUGACCACACUUACCAGUCAGCCCUUUUGAGUGGCUCGGAUGAGGAGUGACAUCAGGCCUUGGGGAAGUGGAGACCUCACAUCCUUUGUGAAUAGCUAGAGUGAAUGCAGCAUGUCCCCUCUGCUUUCAGGCUUGGUUUAGCGUGCUCUUAGCGCUCCCUAUUUGCAUCCUUCAUCUAAUACAAAGCUAGAGGCUCCGAUACAGGAAAAUAGACCUCAGGUGUUUUUUAUGUACUAUGCUAUUUGGAUAUUUAAGUAUAAUUGAACUUACAAAGUCUGUAUUAGAGUAAUACCAUUCAUACAGAAAAAUGAACACCUUUCAGUAGCAAGCCUGUUCUUGUAGAGGAAUUGCUGUAAGACUCUGAACACCUCCAACAGGAAGGACGUGACUGUGUGGAUGAAGUGAACUGUGACUCUGACAGGACAUUACAUGCUGCUUCGGAUAAUUUGCCCCUCUUCUCUCAAUCACACAGGUCCUUUCUUCUCAGAAAUGUGUCAGGACGUAGGGAAUGACAGACAGUGCCUUCAAUUCAGAGUCAAAUUCUAACAUGUUUUUAAAUAAUAAAGAAACUCACGAGCUUUUAUUGGUGAAAUUAUUAAGGCAACUCCACGAUAACUUCAGCUGCAAGCUUUGGUAUUUGAAGUGUUAACAUUUAAAAUAUUUUCUAGUAAGUCAUACCAGAGUACUGCAUUUUGGCUUUGAUUAGAGAUAAAAUUAGGUGAAAGAGAAUUUUCUUAUAUUAAGUAGCUAGUUCAUAGUUCAUAGCUCAGCUGAGAGCUGAAACUCCAUCUGAUUCCUCAACAUUAUGCCAUUGAGGGACAUUAUAUAGCAAGUCUGUACCCCCUAGAUAGAGGGGGGAAAUCAGUUUAUCGAAGGCCUUCAAUUUUAAAACAGCUAAAACCAAAAGGUAAGGAUUUUGAAUUCUUAAUAUAGACUUGAUGUUGUGCUAUUGAUUCUGGAGGUUUUGUUUUGUGUGGUUUAUUUUUUAUAACUUUCCUCAACAAGUAUUUAUUAAACAUCCUAGCACUGAAAUGUUUGCAAGGAUUAAUGAGAUGUCCAUCAAGGAACUGACAGUAUAAUGUAAGAGAGAACUCCUGAGGCUAUUGUUAGGCAGUGUGAUGGGCACUCUUAAGAAGUGCAGGGGCUGGGGCUGAGAAAUGGCUCAGAGGUUAAGAGCACUGGCUGUUCUUCCAGAGGACCUGAGUUCAAUUCCCAGCAACCACAUGGUGGCUCUCAACCAUCUGUAAUGAAAUCUGGUGCCCUCUUCCGGCCUGCAGGGAUAUAUGCAGGCAGAACUCUGUAUGCAUAAUGAAUAAAUCACACACACACAAAAUAAAAGUUCAGGGGCAGGCUGGGUGGUGGUUGUGGCAUCACAUGCCUUUAACCUCAACACUUGGGAGGCAGAGACAGCUGGUCAAGGCCAGCCUGGUCUACAAAUUGAGUACCAGGACAACCAGGAGCUACACAGAGAAACCCUGUCUCAAUAAAUAAAUAAAUAAAUAAAUAAAUAAACAAACAGAACAGCAAACAAACAAACAAAAGUACAGGGGCUGGAGAGAUGGCUCAGCAUUUAAGAGCACUUACUGCUUUUCCAGAGGACCCAGGAUUGGUUUUAAGCACCCACAUGGCAGCUCACCACCAUCUAGAACUCCAGUUCCAGGGGAUCUGUUAUUCUCUUCUGACCUCCAGGGGCAUCAGACACACAUGUGGGGCACAUACAUACAUGCAGGCAAAACACCCACACACAUAAAAUUCAAAUAAAUUAACCUUAAAAAAAAAAAGGACUACACACAAACCACAGAGGAAGGAGCGGAGGAGAAAUGGCGAGUUGGACCUUUAGAAAAGGUCCACCAGGCCUAGAAAAUAGUAUAUACAGAGCCACAACACAACAUGGGGGACUAAACAUACACAUUAGUUCCUGUGUCAAAAGGGGCUUCUGUGCUGACUGAAGUUGAAGGGUCUUCAAGAGCAAGUAACAGCCUUCACUGUGCAGCAUCCUGUGAUGCUGGGAUGCACUCCAUCUCAGCAGAGCCUCACAACCCUCUGUAAUUUAAGCAUGCGAUGUCCUCCUGAGGUUGGUCAGCAUAAGGACAAAUAGCUACAAACUGGCAAAACCCAUCAACACUAUGACUUGAAAGUCUGUUGUCUUUCUCACAUUCCAUACCCCGUCCCCUCAUAAACAACCAACAGAGGUACUUUACAGAAAGUUCUUCAGGUUAGCUAGCUGGGCUGCAGAAAGUCUCAUGUAGGAUCAAGAAUAACUUGAAAACAUUAAGUAUGAGAGAACUCUUGGGCUCCCUUUUCAAGGGUCCUCUUGGUUUGACAGCUGAGCAAGAACCCAACUCAUUCAUCAGAUAUUUAAAGACCCAUUCACCAGUAACAAUACAAAAUUGGUUCUUUCCUCAGGUCCAGGUUGGAAAAGGAACUUAUUUCCUGUUUUAUUUUCAUAGAAAAAGAUGUACUUGAGACUUUUUAUAUUGGCAGAACAAAGAAACAGUAUUCUUGAGGGACUGUCAUACAAUUAAAUAUAAAAUAUUAAAAUUUAUUUUUGUAAUUAGAACAACUCCAGCCAAGCACUCAGCCAAAAUCCUGGAGUUCAGCAGAAGAGGGAGGAGGGAUUAUAAGAGCAAGGGGGUUCAGAAUCAUGAUGGGAAAAACCACAGGAAUAGCUGACCCAAGCUAGUGGGAGCUCAUGGACUCUGAACUGACAGCUGGGGAACCUGCAUGGGACCAAACUAGGCCCUCUGAAUGUGGGUGAAAGUUGCAUGGCUUGAUGUGUUUGUGGGUCCCCUGGCAAUGGAACCAAGAUUUGUCCUGGGUACACGAACUGGCUUCUUAGAGCCCAUUCCCUAUGGUGCGAUGCCUUACUCAGCCUUGAUGCAGGUGAGAGGGGCUAGGUCUGGCCCUAACUUGGUAUGCCAGCCUAUGUUGACUACUAAGGGAGGCCUUACCCUCUCUGAGGAGGGAAUGGGGGUGGGCUGAGGGUAGGUGUGGGGUAGCAGAAGAGGAAGGAGAGGGAACAGGGGUUGGUAUGUAAAAGAAAAAAAUUUUUAAAUAAAAAAUUUUAAAAAAUUAUUUUUGUAUCUUGUGGUAGCCCACAAAAGCUUCCUGGUGAGAUCUGCACUUGCUUGACACAGCAGGGCUGCAUUAGGGAAUGGCUUGACCACGUGCACGGUCACCAGGUGGCUGGGAUGGUUUGCUCUUGGCUGUGCUGAGGGGAGGUCUUUUGCUCCACCACUUGGCAUUCCUUUAAAAGCCCUUUAGAAGAGACAGAAGGGGCUGGUGGGUUUUGACCCAGGCCCUCCUGAAGCUAUCCUAUGUUUCUAACUGUCUCUCUCUAAAUUUCUAUCUACAGACUUCUCACUUCUCCCUCCUCAAGAGUACCCUGCAGGAAAAAGAGGGAGCUGGUUUCACUCAAAUGGUGCCUGAACAGGGACCAGGGACUUGGUGAAAGGAGGGUUAGAGGGCCCCGUGGGAAGUUAGGACAUGUCCGGUUAUGGAAAUUAAAGCAGGGGUAAUCUAUUUUCGAGAGUGAAAGGGGCUGAAAGAUGCCCAAGUGAGGCUGCAGCGUAUAUUUCUCUCUAUCAAGGUUUUUCUUUUUUUUCUCUCUCUCUUAAAAUUCUAUCUAUAAAAAUUAAGGAAAAAAAGUAAGGUAGAAUUUAAGAAUAUAGUGUAAAAGAAAAAAUUUAGAGAAAGGUAGAUUAAGAAUACUGGGUAAGAAAAUAAGAUAAGCAACAAGAUGGAAGAACUAUGUCCUUGAUUUUCCAACUAUGGAGCUAUGAACGCAAAAUCCUGGGGAGCAUCAGAAAAAUCUAUUGAAGAGGAGAAAAAAUGGACAGAAAAAAAGAUUCCUAUGGAAGCUUUUGGCCUGUGGACAGUUUAAGUCCCAAACAGCAGAGGAAAGAAAUUUUCCCUGAGGUGAAUGUAGAUGAAAUAAAAUUUUCACUCUGCUGACACUGCCAUGGUAUAGAAACACCGUACCAUCAGAAUUAGUUUCCUCUUGACCAUGAAGUCAAAAGUUUAGAGAAGAGAAGUCUUGAGAAAACUUGGUAGUCUUUCUCUCUCAAAAACUCAAAGCUUUCUUGGGAAAUACUUAAUCUCUCUUUAAAAAAACUAAAAAGCCUUUCAGGUCUUUGCUUCUCAGAUUUUCUCUUUCUGUAAAGACAAAAUUAGAUUCACCCGUUAAUGACAUCUAUGGAAAAAUCACCUGUGGAUUGCUCUAACAUGGAAAAUUCUCUGUUAGCACUGUCUCUUUCAAGCUAAUAUUAGAAAAACAGCAGAUACUUCAGACCCUAGCCAGAAAUCCCCCUGCAGCUAGAACCUAGCCAUAGACGCUCAGGAAAGUGCAGGCGGAGGAAUCAGUAAAGCCGAGCUGCCGUGGUGGCAUCAGGGGCUUUAAUCAGUAAAGCCGAGCUGCAGUGGUGGCAUCAGGGGCUUUAAUCAGUAAAGCCAAGCUGCAGUGGUGGCAUCAGGGGCUUUAAUCAGUAAAGCCGAGCUGCAGUGGUGGCAUCAGGGGCUUUAAUCAAUAAAGCCGAGUUGCAGUGGUGGCAUCAGGGGCUUUGUAGCUGGGGAAGGAGAUAAGCUAUGACAAAACCAAGAACUAUCUGGGAGAAAAGCUCUCUUUUCUAGCAGGGAAGACUUCUCUGAAAAAGCUUAGUUUCAAGUGUUUUUGUUUUCCCUCACUGACCUGGUGAGGAGAGGGAGUGAAGACCUGAAGGGUUUUUGCCUCUGGCAAUAAGUGCUGUCUGAGUGUGUGCAGGCAGACAGAGCAAUCUGCUUGGGGACAGGGUCAGGUGAAAGGUACGUUUAGGAAAGUACACCUGUCCUAAUGUAAGCUUAGGGAAAACAAAAACCUCCCUUGAUUAAAAAAAAAAAAAAAAAAAGCAGAAUCUUGAUUUCAGUAUGAACAUAAACCACACAGACUGUGUAAACAGAAAUGAGAAGUGUGGCAUACCUGAAAGGCAACCUGGGAAAUGUAGUUCAAAAGGCAGUCUGGGAAACGUAGUACAACUAUAUAUUGUUUGCUCUUGAAUAUGUUUGUAAUAAGUAUAAAUAAGUAUGCUUGUAAAGAGUUGUAAAUAUGCCAGGCGGUGGUGGUGCAUGCAUUUAAUUCCAGCACUCAGGAGGCAGAGCCAGGCGGAUCUCUGUGAGUUCGAGGCCAGACUGGUCUACAGAGCAAGAUCCAGGACAGGCACCAAAACUACACAGAAAAACCCUGUCUCGAAAACCACCCCACCCCCCCAAAUACAAACAAACAAACAAACAAAAGAGUUGUAAAUAUGUAUAGUGAUGUAAGUUUGUAAGAAGUGUAAAUACAUAUAGUAAAUAGUCAUGCUAGUUGUAAAUAUGUAAUGUUUAUACUAGAAUUGUUGAUGCUAAUGAACCAGUUUGUUAAAAGCUAAAGGAACAUUUAAAUUUGAUGUAAUUUAUAUGAUGUGGUUUGCAACAAGAGUUUAUUGAUUUAAAAAGGGCCUGGCACUGUUAUAGCCAUCUCAAGACCCAUUCAAAAAAGAAAUGCCAUCUUUAUCAUCUUCUACUCCUGUACUAGGAGGUGUGGCAGCUAUGGAGAUGAGGUUGUAAGCUCAAUAGGAACUUGGGCCAGAGCUAAGUUAAGCUCAGUACCCCCUCCUACCAGAGGCUGAGAGUCAGGGAUGAGCAACAUUCUUCUUUCCAGCUUCCCAACCUAAGCCAGAGGGCACUUGAUAUAAAGUGUAUCUUCAAGACAGGUAAGGGUUGUCUGGCUGAAGGGGGUGACUUAAGGCAGAUAUGUUUCUAACUGUCUCUCUUCUCUAUAUUUCUAUCUACAGACUUCUCACUUCUCCCUCCUCAAGAGUACCCUGGGGGAAAAAAGAGGGAGCUGGUCUCCCUCAGUAUCUCUAACCAGUGGUUUGGGGUACCUUUAUUGAAAGAUCAGCCCUGGCAAAACAUUCUUAAACAGUGUUAAAGUACAAGCCAUGGGGCUGGAGAGCACCUCCUGUUCUUCCAGAUGACCAGAGCUCAGUUCCCAGCUCCCACAUCUGAAUGACUUCUGACUUCCACCAGCCCCUGCACAUACAUGACACAUACUCACAAAAAUACAGAUACACACAGGUAUCUUAAAGUACAAGUCAAUCAGAAUGCUUUUCACUAAAUCCUGUCUUGGAUACAUGGUCUGAGUAAUUUUACCAGUCUGUCCACCAGAAGCUGAGGAUCAAUGAUGCCACUGUAUUGUAAGAGCUAUUCCCUGCAAAAUAUCCACCACAGCUGCCCUACUGCCUACCUGGAACCCCUUGAGGUCUACGUAUGAAGAAAGCACACACGUUAAAAUACUGGCGCUUAUGAAUGAUGACAAAAAGGCCUAGAAUGAACUAAAUAUAAUUGGUAAUUAGUUUAACUAAAUGAUUUUAACUCAUUAGAUUAUAGUUAUCUAUCAUAAUUACCAAGAUGACAUCUGUGGCUGUUAAUAUUACACUGGCAUUCAUUUUCUCUCUCCAAGGGACAGUUAUAUUUUGAUCCCAACUAGUAUCUACACUCCUAUGCCUAGAGGGCAAAAUACUUGCACUAUUCAUUAUAGCCACAAUUACACCCCUUAACUCGCACUCAAUAAUAAUGUACUCAAUUCCUAUCACUAUUCUAGUUUCUGCAGCAUGUGAAGCGGCUGUAGGACUAACCCUAUUAGUCAAGGGAUCAAAUACAUACAGCACAGACUAUGUACAAAAUCUCAACCUAUUACAAUGCUAAAAAGUAUUCUCCCUUCCCUAUUACUUCUCUCAUUUGACUCUCAAACAAUAAAAAUGUAUGAAUUAAUGUGACCUCUCAUAGCUUCCUAGUCAGCUUACUCUCUAUAAUCUUCCUAUGACGAAGCGAUAUAAAUGACCUAAAUUUUUCAUUACUAUUUCCCAUUGAUUCACUGUCUUCCCCGCUAGUUAUUCUCAAAACAUGGCUUCUACCUCUAAUACUCCUGGCCAGCCAAAACCACACCAAAAAGGAAACAGAACUAAAUAAAGAAACUUAUAUUUCCAUACUGGUAUCUCUACAAAUUUUACUAAUUAUAACAUUCUCUUGCAAACGAAUUAAUUAUAUAUCUUAUUUGAAGCUACCUUAGUCCCAACACUUACCCAAUGAGGUAAUCAAACAGAAUGAAGAAAUGCUGGACUUCAUUUCACACACUAGCUGGACCCAGCCCAUUCCUCACUGCCCUUAUCUUCAUUCAAAACUCAACAGGAACAUUAAACUCUCUUCUCCUCCCCUUAACUUUACCUCACUCAGCCAGACACGAUCUGAUAUUUUAUGACUUGCCAGUAUAAUAGCAUUUCUCAUUAAAAUACCACUAUAGGGAGUCCACUUAUGACUUCCUAAAGCACAUGUAGAGGCCCCAAUUGCUGGAUCAAUAGUUUUAGUAGCUAUUCUACUAAAACUAGGAGGCUAUGGUAUAAUACGAAUUUCUGUAAUCCUAGACCCUAAUUAUAAACAAAUCCACAGUUGAACUAUAAUCACAACCCUAAGUUUAAAAACAGUAUUCCCACUAAUAACCAUCUGAUGAAUCCUAGCUAGUCUGGCAAACCUAGCCUUACCACCCUCAAUUAACCUAACUGGAGAGCUAUUAAUUAUAGUAUCAUUAUUCUCCUGAUCUAAUUCCUCAAUUAUACUACUAGGCACUAAUUCUUUUUUGUUGUUGUUGUUGUUGUUGUUGUUUUUGUUUGUUUGAGACAGGGUUUCUCUAUAGUUUUGGUGCCUGUCCUGGAUCUAGCUCUGUAGCCCAGUCUGGCCUCAAAAUCACAGAGAUCCGCCUGGCUCUGCCUCCUGAGUGCUGGAAUUAAAGGUGAGCGCCACCACUGCCCCGCCAGGCACUAAUUCUAAUUACCGCUCUUGCUGUAGCCAACUCCAGUAGGAGGUCUCUUAUCUAUACUAUUCUAACAACACAUUAGGAAGUACCGAAACUAAACUCUCUAGGGAGUCAACCCUAUAAACUGGCAUCAUGAAAUAAGCCUGAAUUUUAUUUUUUAUUUAUUUAUUUUUUUUUUUUUUGGUUUUUCGAGACAGGGUUUCUCUGUGCAGCUUUGUGCCUUUCCUGGGACUCACUUGGUAGCCCAGGCUGGCCUCGAACUCACAGAGAUCCGCCUGGCUCUGCCUCCCGAGUGCUGGGAUUAAAGGCGUGCGCCACCACCGCCCGGCAAGCCUGAAUUUUAAAUCUAUGCUCUCUGGGAUAUACAUAUCCAAUAUAUCUGCAUGUACUAAUCAGAUGGGCAAUCAGGUAACUUCAGUAUAUAAAAGUUUGGAAUAGCUCUGACGCUAAAUGCAAGAGUUACUUUUAUGGACUUUGCUACAUAAAAUCAGAAGAGGUUUUAGCCAACAGUAAAUAUCUGAGAGACAGUAUCUCCUACCAUCUCUUGUUGUCCAGAAACUAUCACAUCAUUUUCUGUUUGAAACAUGAUAUCCAAAAAUAUAAAACACACGGGUAAUUUUUAUUCCCCUCCCUAUAGUCCUCUCACUUGUCACCAUUUCAGUCAAUUCCCAUGCCAGUCCUCCAGGCACCUACCGAGACUGUGAUUUCAUUUCAUCCUGUCUCCUGUGGUUUGAGAGACAGGCUUCCCACCAAACUCUAAUUACUCUUACGUUUCACCAGGAAACAUCCCAGUGAGUCUUCCUUAAGAGUACAGCACACAGGGGAUCUGACGAGGGAGGACUUAACUUUUCUAAUGUAGCACCCAGGUGGGCCUCUAGCCAGCUGAAGUGAGCCAAGCAUGAGUCUGAAGUUCUAAUCCUCCAGCUUCUACUCUAGAGAAGAGAUUAUGUUACAGGCUUAUGUGACUCUACCAUCCCACUCAGGAGUGCUGGGGGUCCAGCCUGGGCCUCUAGUAUGCUCGCUGGUGCUCUCUCCCCACUAAGUUACAGCUCCAGCACUGGGACCUGCCUCAGGAUUCCAAGACCAAGUGCUCUUCUUCGUUUUCUCUCAGACUUGUAUCUUCUCACUGUUAACGAGGGCUGACAAUUCUAAUGGACAAAACUGCUGUAAGAAUCAAGGGCACCUGUAAAGCCACUCUGCAGCCCCAACCACUCUAAUCCUUUUCU